UUGUAUUUGCUCCUUGAGAUUUAAUUUGUUGUGUAUUCAAUUUACUGUGAACUCAAGUCUAGCGUAAAUUUAAUAGUUGUAAUCUCUAUUUUAUAGUGGAUAUUUUUCAGAGCUGUUUCGUAGUUUUUCCCUUUAUACUGGAGGAUUUUUUAUGUAAGAUUUGGUGUUCUUGUGUAGUUGUGUUUACAUGGUACUUGCUGAAUUUUUUUUUUUUCCAUAAUAUUACUAAUGCUUGGUAGUCAUUAAUUUUAAUUCACACAUAAAUAUUGAGGGGAUUUAGGAUUUUUUCCCCAACAGUUUUAGAUUUAUUCUAAUACCCAUGGGUCCAGGCUGUUAAGUUUGUUAGGAUUACCUAUUAGAGAAGAUAAUCACAAUUUCCUCUGUUUUUACUGUAUAUAUAUAAAUAAAUAAAUAAAUAAAAAUCAUUUUACAGAAUAAUUAAUCAAUCCAAUCAGAGAAAUUUUCUCAAGCUAAUCAAAGUGACAUUGUAUUUUGGAGGAUAGCUAUAGUCCUAUGUACAGUGUCAAACAAUCAGUUGAAGGACAGCUAUGUUGACUAAUAUUGCCUGUCCUUUUCCUUUUUUUUUUUUUUUUUUUUUUUUUAUCUCUAUUUUUUCUUUUCUAAAUAGAUAAGAUAUGUAAUGCUCCUUUAUAAAUAAAUAAAAAAAACCAGCAGAUAAUACCUGGCUCUACACACAAAAAAAAUCCAAAAUCGAUUAUGGCAUCACAAGGCUAUCCAGUCUUGGGCCUCCUAGUUCUUCUUGGUUUAUUGACUAAUAUCAUUGCUGUUUCUUCAAGCCAUGGCAGUGCUUAUGAUACUGCUUCACUCAACCGGACCAGUUUUCCCGAAGGUUUUAUUUUUGGGACAGCAGCAGCGGCUUAUCAGUAUGAAGGUGCAGCAUAUGAAGAUGGUAAAGGACCAAAUAUAUGGGACACUUACACUCAUGAACAUCCGGAAAGGAUAGUGAAUGGAAGCAAUGGAGACGUAGCUGUCGAUCAAUAUCAUCACUACAAGGGAGAUGUUCGAAUUAUGAAAAAGAUGGGCUUAGAUGCAUAUAGAUUCUCAAUCUCAUGGUCUCGAGUACUGCCAAAAGGAAAACUAUCUGGAGGUGUGAAUAGGGAAGGAAUCAAAUACUACAACAAACUAAUCAAUAAGCUCCUAGACAGAGGUAUACUCCCUUUUGUGACCCUCUUCCACUGGGAUCUUCCCCAAGCAUUGGAAGAUGAGUAUGGUGGUUUUUUGAGUCCUCAUAUUGUGGAUGAUUUUCGGGAUUAUGCUGAGCUUUGCUAUAAAGAAUUUGGUGAUCGUGUCAAGCAUUGGAUCACACUAAAUGAACCAUUGAGCUACUCCAAUGGUGGUUAUGUUACGGGGGAUUCAGCCCCAGGUCGGUGUUCUAGUUGGCAAAAGAAAAAUUGCACUGGUGGAGAUUCUGGAACAGAACCGUAUUUGGUAUCACAUAAUCAACUUCUUUCUCAUGCAUCUGCCGUUGAAGUGUACAGGAAAAAGUAUCAGCAAGCACAGAAAGGCUUGAUGGGUAUAUCCCUAGUUGGAGACUGGGUUGUGCCAUACUCUAACGCGACGCAGGACCAAGAUGCUGCGCAAAGAGCCCAUGAUUUCAGGUUUGGAUGGUUUAUGGAUCCCCUAACAAAUGGUGACUAUCCACAUAGCAUGCGAUCUCUAGUUGGCGACCGAUUACCCAAAUUCACAAAAGAGCAAUCCAAGCUAUUAAAAGGGUCACUUGAUUUUCUAGGGCUAAACUACUAUACUACUAAUUAUGCAGCCGAUGCACCCAAAGCUGAAAAGCCAAGCUACUUAACAGAUUUGCGAGCUAAUCUUUCUUCUGAGCGCAAUGGGAUCCCCAUCGGUCCAGAGGCUGCUUCAAGUUGGCUCCAUGUCUAUCCCAGGGGAAUUCGAGAUAGUCUAUUAUACGCCAAGACAAAGUACAAUGAUCCACUAAUUUUUAUUACCGAGAAUGGGAUUUCUGAGUUCAAUAAUGACACAUUGUCGCUUAAGGAAGCCCUUGCAGACAACUAUAGAAUUGAUUAUUACCAUCGCCAUUUUCAGUAUAUUCUUAAGGCUAUCAAGGAUGGUGUUAAUGUGAAGGGAUAUUUUGCAUGGUCGUUAUUGGACAACUUUGAAUGGGGUGCAGGUUAUUCCGUUCGGUUUGGCAUCAACUAUGUAGACUAUAAAAAUGGGUUGAAAAGAUAUCCGAAAAUGUCUGCACGUUGGUUUAAGAAAUUCCUCAAGCCAUAAGAUGACAAAUUUAGGACUAUACUCAUGUUGAACUAUAUAGAUACUAUGGAUAUACUCAUGUUUAAAUAAUGCCUGUAAUCUGUAUUCAAUAAAUUAAAAUAAAAUAAAAUUAAUGUCACUGUUUACAAA